CACGAAUGCCCUCGAUCAAAAGUAGCUACACAUUUUUCAACAUAUAUGUAUGUAAAAGUAUUGCAACGUUAACCUGAGUAUUUUAACCAUGGUUCCUACAAAAAUCAAGUUGUUGUUUGCCUUACAUAUUCUACUUUGUGCUUCAGUAACUCGUGCGCUAUCCGUAAACACCUUGUCUGCAAAUCAAACCAUUAAACACGGUGAUACCAUCGUUUCUCCAAAAGAAACAUUCGAACUUGGUUUCUUUAGCACUCGGAACUCCACAAAUUAUUAUGUUGGAAUUUGGUACAAGAAAAUCUCCAACAGGACCAAGACCGUCGUAUGGGUAGCUAACAGAAACACACCACUCACCAAUAACUUUAGCAAGUUAACUCUCACCAUCCAUGGAGUUUUAGUGAUCCGGGAUGGAAUGAAUGAUAAGCAGGUAUGGUCCUCUUCAAACUCAUCAACGAGGUCGGUGAGGAAUCCUCUUGGUCAGCUUCUAGACACCGGGAACUUUAUAAUUUGCGAGGAAGCUGAUGCAAAACAAGAAAAUCCUAUAUGGCAAAGUUUUGACUACAUGACUGACACUUUACUUCCAGGAAUGAAGCAUGGCUGGAAUUUGGUCACCGGGUUUCAAAGUCACUUCACAUCAUGGAAAUCCAGCGAUGAUCCUGCUGCCGGUGAGUUUUCCUGCUGGCUUGAUAAGAAAGGUUUCCCUCAGACGAUUGUAACCAAUGGCGAGGAAUUAGUAACGUUCAGAGCAGGUCCAUGGAACGGACUCAGGUUUAGUGGAAUUCAAGUAAUGAAAUUACCGAACCGACUUAUCAGAUAUGACUUUGUUCUGAAUAAAAAAGAAAUCUACUACCAGUAUAAUCUCAUAAGUGAUUCAGUUUAUACGAGGGUGGUGUUGCAGCCUAGUGGUAUUUUGGAGCGUUUGUUAUGGAUUGAUAGCACGCAAGAAUGGGACAUUUAUAUUCAACUAGAGAAGGAUCAUUGUGACCAUUACAAUGUGUGUGGGCCAUUUGCCAGCUGCGACAUUAACAACAUUCCUGUUUGUGAUUGUUUAAAGGGCUUUGAACCCACUUCACCAGAACAAUGGAGGGUUGAUGAUUGGUCACAGGGGUGUCGACUUACAACCCCUUUGAAUUGUGGACCCAAGGAAGGGUUCAAGAAGUAUUCAAAUUUGAAGUUACCCGACACUCAAUGGUCUUGGUAUAACCAUUCCAUGACUACUAAAGAAUGUGAAAGGAUGUGUAAAAGCAAUUGUUCCUGCACUGCUUACACAAAUUCGAAUAUCUCCGGGACUGAGAGUGGCUGCUUGCUAUGGUUUGGUGACCUGAUUGAUAUUAGAAAAUUUGACGAAAACGGGGACAGUCUUUUCAUACGAUUGCCACCUUCAGAGCUAGAAAGCUCGAGUGCUGGGAGACGAGUACGAGUUAUUGUCCCUAUAGCCUCUGUAGCUCUUGUUCUACUAGUCACUCUAUACUUGCUUUAUCGGUCUAAAAGGAACAAGCAAAAACAAGAAGGGACAGAUGGAAACAAGUCUGGAAAUGAUCGUGAAUAUGAUAAAGGUGAUAAGGAUCUAGAGCUACCACUAUUCGGCUUGCCUACAUUAAUCAAAGCUACAAACAAUUUUUCAAUAACAAAUAAGCUUGGAGAAGGCGGUUUUGGACCUGUUUACAAGGGUGUACUUGAAGACGGACAAGAAAUAGCAGUGAAGCGGCUAGCAAAAACAUCCAAUCAAGGACUCCCCGAAUUCAAGAAUGAAGUCAUGUUAAUAUCUAAAUUGCAACACCGAAAUCUCGUCAAGCUCUUGGGUUGCUGCAUUAAGGGAUCUGAAAAGAUGUUGAUGUAUGAAUACAUGCCAAAUAAAGGGCUCGACACCUUCAUAUUUGAUCAAACCCGAAGCAAACUACUUGAUUGGUCCGCACGUUACCGCAUUAUCAAUGGAAUUGCUCGUGGGCUUCUUUAUCUUCACCAGGACUCUCGGCUCAGAAUCAUCCAUAGAGAUCUUAAAGUUAGUAAUAUUUUGCUUGACUCGGAUAUGAACCCAAAGAUAUCAGAUUUUGGCAUGGCUAGAAGCUUUGGAGGAAAUCAAAUAGAAGAAAACACAACCAGAGUGGUUGGAACAUAUGGCUACAUGUCUCCAGAGUAUGCAUUGAAAGGUAUAUUUUCAAUAAAAUCUGAUGUAUAUAGCUUCGGUGUUUUAAUGCUGGAACUUGUGUGCGGGGAGAAAAACAGAGGUUUCGUGCAUAAAGAACAUAGCAACAGCCUUAUCGGACAUGCAUGGGUGCUCCAUAAAGAAGGCAGAUCACAUGAACUAGUUGCCAAGUGUUUAAGUGAAUCAAUCAAUGCAUCUCAAGUUCUGCGAUCAAUCCACGUGGGUUUAUUGUGUGUUCAAUGCCGACCCGAAGAUAGACCGGCUAUGACGUCUGUGAUUCUGAUGUUAGGGAGUGAGAAUCCAUUGCCUUCGCCCCAGAAACCAGGUUUUUUCAUAGAAAUAGUUACGGGCGAUACCUCGCAUUCUUCAAGCUCAUACGGAAACAGUUCUAAUAAUGAACUUAGCAUCACAGUCUUGAAUGGUAGAUGACGUGUCUUCUUAUCUCCCAUAGAUGUUCAAAUCGAUUUCAUCAUAAAAGUGUAUGAAUUGUAUGUAUUUUCAAGUAUACUUGUAUACUAACUUUUCAAAAUAGUGUGUUUGACAUCAUAGAAACUUGUUUAUGUUUAUCACAUCAUAACUAUGUUUAUCA